UUGUUUUAUACAGCUUUAAAACCCUGGCAUCAAAUUGACCCAAAAGAACAAUGAUGCUUAAAAAUGUUUACCCAGUUUCCCUAUUAAAUUAGUAAAAGUCAUUAAAACUGAAGGAAAAAAAGUAAAUUGUGUAUUUAGACGUUCUCAGCUUUUAACAAUAUACCAAAUAAAUCAUUUUACUUUCAUUUCAGGGUUCAUUGAAGAAAAAGAGGAAAAUGAAGAAUCAAGUGAAGUUGAGAAAAAUUGUGUCAAAACUUGUGAAAAAACCUUGGAGUUGCUCUCAAAGCAAACAGACAGAUUUAAAGAAAAAAAUAGUUAAGAAAUCUUUCACCUGCACUCAGUGUGAAAAGAGUUUCACACGUAAAUCAAAUCUCAAGUGUCACAUGAACAUCCACACUGGAGAGAAGCAGCAUGCAUGUGAUCAGUGCGGUAAAAUGUUUUUAUUUGCUUCACUUCUGAAGAAACACUUAAAAGUUCAUGCAAAGGAGAAAUCACAUCCAUGUAAUUUGUGUGAUAAGAGUUUUUUGCAUCUACAAAGUUUGAAAGUACAUCAGAAAAAACAUACUGAUGUGAGAGAGUAUGUGUGCUUUCAGUGUGAAAAGACUUUUAGUUCAGAGAGCAGUUUAAAACUGCAUGAGAGGAUACACACUGGAGAGAAACUUCAUAAGUGUUCACACUGUGACAAGAGAUUCAAUCGUUCAGCAAAUCUGAAAACACAUGAGAGGAUCCACACUGGAGAGAAACCUUAUAAGUGUUCACACUGUGACGAGAGAUUCAGUCGUUUGGCAUAUCUGAAAAAACAUGAGAGGAUCCACACUGGAGAGAAACCUUAUAAGUGUUCACACUGUGACGAGAGAUUCAGUCGUUUGGCAUAUCUGAAAAAACAUGAGAGGAUCCACACUGGAGAGAAACCUUAUAAGUGUUCACACUGUGACGAGAAAUUCAGUCAGUCAGUAGAUCUGAAAAAACAUAAGAGGAUUCACACUGGAGAGAAACCUUAUAAGUGUUCACAUUGUGACGAGAAAUUCAGUCAGUCAGUAGAUCUGAAAAAACAUAACAGGAUCCACACUGGAGAGAAACCUUACAAGUGUUCACACUGUGACAAGAGAUUCAGUCAGUCAGUAGAUCUGAAAAAACAUGAGAGGAUUCACACUGGAGAGAAACCUUACAAGUGUUCACACUGUGACAAGAGAUUCAGUCACUCAUCAAAUCUGAAAAAACAUGAGAGGAUUCACACUGGAGAGAAACCUUACAAGUGUUCACACUGUGACAAGAGAUUCAGUCGGUUAACACAUCUGAAAACACAUGAGAGGAUUCACACUGGAGAGAAACCUUACAAGUGUUCACACUGUGACAAGAGAUUCAGUCAGUCAGUAGAUCUGAAAAAACAUGAGAGGAUUCACAAUGGAGAGAAAGCACAUCACUGCAGUCCCCAUGGGGAGCAUUCCAUUGAGUCAUAUGUUAUACACAGUCAUACAAAAACCAACCACAGUAAGUCCCCGUACACGCGGAGACACAUCUAGUUGUAUAUGUAAAUAUUUUGUAUGGUAUUUGCGUUUCGUCCAGACGGAUCCAGCAUUUUGGGAGAGCGAAAUCGCAGUUUUUUUUUUUUUUUUAAACCAGGUCCCAGAGUGGAUAAAUCUGAAAAUGACACCUUUGGGUUUUUGUGUACUGCCAAUCCAUAUAUUUUGUGAAAUGAUGUCAUUACCUCACGUCUCUACUAUAGUCAGACACCGCUACGUCAUUUAACACCAACAACAAUGGAGGACUAUAUGUUUGUGUUCAUGCUGCAGAAGCUACUGAGCCUAUUAGCUUGACUAAACUUACUAGUUAGAGCCCACGAUAUUGGGAAAAAACUCAC